ACCGGGACUCAUGAUGAGCCGCCAAUUUGUUGCUGAAACGGAGCGCCUCCUAGAUCACAACCAUGUGUUGCUUAUAACGACUGGCAGCGUAGCAUCUAUCAAAGCUCCUCUCAUCGUCGCAGAGCUUCUCCAAUACCAGAAUGUCAGAGUAGAAGUGGUUGCGACGAAGGAGUCGCUUGCGUUUUACGACCCUGCAGACGUCGUCAAAGCGGGCGCCCACGUGUGGAGCGACGAGGACGAGUGGUCGGGAUCAUACAAGAUUGGGGAUCCAAUCUUGCAUAUCGAGUUGAGGAGGUGGGCUGAUAUUGUCCUUGUCGCCCCCUGUUCGGCAAAUACACUCUCAAAGAUUGCACACGGACUCUGCGACAACCUCGCAACCUCUCUCCUUCGUGCGCUGGCACCUACCACGCCGACUUACGUAUUUCCGGCGAUGAAUACGCUCAUGUAUGAGCAUCCCCUCACGGCAGAACAUUUGCGCGUCAUACGGGACGUCGUUCGUUAUCAUGUCAUUGGCCCAAUUGGAAAGAAUCUCGCAUGCGGAGACGUUGGACUCGGUGCCAUGACAGAAUGGCGCGAUAUCGUGAAAAUAGUGGUUGAUCAAAUGAAACUCAUUCACAAAGACAACAAAUCAUAAACCUGUAUGAGUA